AUGUUUCGCCGUGGAAGCGCAAGACGGAAAAGCGCUGCACCGUCGGCGCAAGAGCUAUCAGCGCAAGCGUUUUCACCGCUCAGCACCAGGAUCUAUGUGAUCUACGGGGAUUCUGACGAAUUCGAAAUGGAGCGCCAAAUGCUAUGGAUGGAUAUGUUGCCGGAGUUGCAGAGCUAUGCAUUUCAUUCGGGAUUCGAUAUUGAAUGGAUAGAUCCAUUAAGUGAAAGAGGUAGCCUUACGGAGACAAUGGUCGAUCGAAUCAUGGCCGGCGUAGAAGCAGAGGAUAGCUGGUUGAUUUGCCUCCUUGGUGAGAAGUACGGUACCACUGGUCCACCAAAUGAGAUGCUCAAAGAAGAAUUUGAAGCUAUACGAGCAGCGGUUUUUGAGCAAAGUGCAGAUUUGAAAUUAUUGGACCAACACUAUGUGCUUGACCGAACUGUUAAGAAAGGACAAUACCGUUUGAAUACGCCUGUGGAAGAUGAAAAGCUACGUUCUAAAUUGGCUAAAGUUGUUCAAAAAGGAGCGAAAAGUGUUGAUUUGAAAUUAUUGGAUCAACAUUAUGUGCUUGACCGAACUGUUAAGAAGGGACAAUACCGUUUGAAUACACCUGUGGAAGAUGAAAAGCUGCGUUCUAAAUUGGCUAAAGUUGUCCAAAAAGGAGCGAAAAGUGCGUACGAUGAAGGAACGAUAAAUCAAAUAAAUUCGGACAGGCAGAAACGAUUCUUCUGGUCACCGAUUCAUAGGAUAGCUGAU